AUGUACCGUCGUACCCUUAUGGACGGAAUCUUUGCAAUAAAUAAACCGUCAGGGGUCACCUCCAGCAAUUUCCUUACUCGUGUGAACAAAAUUUUCAAUGAGUCUGAGGUUUUCAAACCUGCACUCGAUGAAAUCAAAAAAGAGCUUCAUAGAACUCAACCUAAGGGUUAUAAGAAAAAGCUUCGUCAACUCAAAGUGAAAAUGGGCCACGGUGGUACUUUGGACCCCCUAGCGUCAGGGGUAUUGAUUGUUGGUGUUGGAUCUGGAACCAAGAAGCUGGGAGGCUAUUUGAAUGGCUCUGUCAAAGUUUAUGAAGCGGAAGCACUCUUUGGCGGAUCGACAACGACUGGAGACUCUGAAGGCCAAUUGCUGACGAUUAGCGGAGUCGACCAUAUUACAAAAGAGAAAGUGGAAUUGUUGGAAAAGAUGUUUGUUGGUCAUUUGCAGCAGACUCCGCCAAUAUUUAGUGCACUAAAAAUGGAAGGAAUGCCUCUGUAUGAAUAUGCCAGACGCGGUUUACCUCUUCCGCGCAAGAUCGAGCCAAGAGAGGUUCAAGUGUAUGAGCUCGAUUUGAAGGAUGACUGUCUCAGCACAGAUCAUCCGUAUGAAUUUCUCAAGAGCGAGGUCGAUGAAGAUGGAACCGCACUCGUUGACAAGCUGAGCGGAAACCCAACACUGAAUAAUCACAAGGUGUCUUUUUCAAAAGAGUACAUGGAACUGUGCAACCAGGAUGAGUCAUUGAGUCGCGAGUGUGAGCCGUUGAGAACUGUGAAGGAGCUCCCUGAUGGAUUUAAAGCACCACUGCUUCAUUUCACAUCUAAGGUUUCUUCCGGAACAUAUAUACGGUCUUUGAUCAGCGAUAUGGGACGUGCUGUUGGCUCGUCAGCGUACAUGGUGAAACUUAUUCGUCGGAACCAAGCUGAAUGGGACUUGGAGAAAAACGUCUUUGAUAUAGAGGAUUUUGAGCAAGAUGCGAAAAUUUGGGGGCCUGUGCUCGCCAAAGUCUUUAAAGAGGGGGCCUGUGUGAACGUUAAGGAAGAACUCGCGGCCCUGGGCAUGAAUAGAGAUGCUCAAGAGCACGAACAGAAAUCUAAACGUGUCAAGGUGGAAGAUUAG